UUUUUUUUAUUAUUAUUAUUUAUAUCAUAAUAAGUCUUUAACUAUAAACUAACUUUCAUAGUAAAGGCAAAAUUAAUUGAAUCGUUCUUUAUUAAGACGUAAAUUUAUGUAUAUUCACGCUUACGAAAAGUGCUCAGCCGAUUAUAUUUGCGAUCAAAUUUGGAAAUCUUCUGGAAAUUUUUAAAUAAACUAUUACUAUCAUAUAACUUCUUUUUUCUUUUUAAAAAAAAAUAACUAUUCUUCAACGGAAAACAAAAAAAUCAAUCAAUCAAAACAUGCCUAUCCCUGCUUCUCUUAAAUUAAAAACUGGCCAAAUCUUUUAUGGUACUUCAUUUGGUGCUCCUGUUAAUACUUUUGGUGAAGCCGUUUUUACGACUUCUUUAGUAGGUUAUCCUGAAUCAAUGACUGAUCCUUCUUACACUGGUCAAAUUUUGGUAUUUACUCAACCUUUAAUUGGAAAUUAUGGUGUACCUGGUCAAGAAAAGGAUGAAUAUGGCCUCUACAAGUACUUUGAAUCCGAUGCUAUUCAAGUUCAGGGCAUUAUUGUAAAUGAUUAUGCUACUGAAUAUUCUCAUAGAACUGCUGUCGAAUCUCUAAGUGAAUGGUGUAUUCGUCAUCAUGUUCCUGCUAUUAGUGGUGUUGAUACACGUGCUUUAACUCAACUUUUACGUGAUCAGGGUUCUACAUUAGCUCAAAUUAGUAUUGGUGAAGAAGCCUUUAUUAAUAAUAUUAGUUCUCUUGAAUUCCCUAAUCCUAAUAACGAAAAUUUGGUUGCUAAAGUUUCUACAAAGAUUCCUAUUACAUACAAUCCUAAAGGUGAUCUCAAGAUCGCUGUAAUUGAUUGUGGUGUUAAACAGAAUAUCCUUCGUUGUCUUGUGAGUCGUGGUGCAUGUGUUACAGUACUACCUUACAAUUAUAAUUUUAAUAUGAUUGCUGAUCAAUUUGAUGGCAUCUUUAUCUCUAAUGGUCCUGGUUCACCUACUACUUGUACUGAAAUAGUCAAGCACCUCAAGACAGCUAUUGAGCACAUAAAGAAACCAAUCUUUGGUAUUUGUAUGGGUAAUCUUUUACUUGGUAUGGCUGCUGGUCUUCAAGUAUAUAAAUUACCAUUUGGUAAUCGUGGUCAUAAUCAGCCUGCUCUUAACGUUGACACCGGGCUUUGUUACAUUACUUCUCAAAACCACGGUUAUGCCUUGAAUGAUGUUUGUAUGCCUAAAGGAUGGAGACGUUUAUUUGUUAAUGCAAAUGAUGGCUCUAAUGAAGGAAUUCGACAUGAAACUAAACCUUUCUUUUCUGUUCAAUUCCACCCUGAAGCUAAAGGUGGUCCUGAAGAUACUACUUAUUUGUUUGAAGAAUUCUUGAAGCAAGUUCGUGCUCAUAAAUCUGGAAAUGAUACUUACUAUGCAUCUAUUAGUGAUAUUCAACAAUCUACAGUUGCUGCAUUUGCUUAAUUUUUUUUUCUCUUAUAUUUUAUUUAUCAUUAUCCUCUUCUAUAUAAUAUCAACCACUGCAUAAUAUAUCGUUCAAUCUUUCUUUACUAAAGACAAUAAAUUAAGAUAUUCAUUUAAAAAUUU